AUGACCGCGCCAACAAUCGUCAUUGUUCCAGGUUUCUGGCUGGGUCCUAAGCCCUACGAACGCCUCGCUACGGAGAUCAAGAAGGCCGCUCCCUCAAUAACAGACAUCUUCUACGCCGAGCUCGCCUCAACAGGCACGAAAAGUCCCAAUGCACCCACCAUGCUCGACGAUGCGAACGGUAUCCGCAAUGUGAUCAAACCGCUCGUUGAUGCGGGAAAACGGGUGGUCGUCGUGGGCCACAGCUCUGGCGCUUUUCUCUCUGCUAUGGCGACGGAGGAUCUCGAGGUUGGGCAGAAAUUGGCUGUUUCGGGCGGAGGUGGCGUCGAGAGGUUUGUGUUCAUUGCUGGAGGGAUUUUGCCCGUGGGCGCGAGACAUCCGCCUACGGAUUGGGAGGUGAAGGACGGCGCAACAUACCUCCCCGACCCGGACUCCAAGCUCUUCUCGGACGUCAACCCAGCCAUCGCUGAGAAGCAUUGCAAACCUUUCAUCAAAAGCCAACCCCUGAUGGAUGAUUGGAACGUCGAGUGCACGUACACUGGAUGGGAGAAGGUUCCUAGUACGUAUGUCUUGACUGAGAACGACAAGACGAUUUCGCCUCAGGUCCAGGAGAUGUGUGCGGGUCUGGCAAAGUCGGAGGUUGUGAGAAUUUCGACGGGGCAUAUGCCGAUGUUGUCGGAGCCGAAAGUGUUGGCGGAGGCGGUGGUGAGGAGUAUUGAGAUGUGA